UUUUUUCUCCUUUAUCCAACUGUUGUACUAGAACUUAGAAGUUAAGAAUUACUGGUACUAUUAUGGCUAAAGUUAUUGGUCUAGAUAAGAUUAAAAGAGGUUUUGAUAUUAUACGCCAGAAUGGCGGAAUUCUUGGAUCGUUUCUGAAAUUAUAUAGGACUGAUGACCUCAAGCAAGGAACAUUGGUUGGAGUUGACAAGUAUGGAAACAAGUACUUUGAAAAUAAUAUGUAUUUUUAUGGUAGAAACAGAUGGGUAGAGUACAGUGAAGUUGUCAACAUGGACUAUGAUGGAAGUCAAGUCCCAGCAGAAUGGCAUCAUUGGCUUCACUAUAUUACUGACAAUCCACCAACCAAAGUUCCACCUGUUCAACAUCGAUGGAUGAUUGACCAUACGGAGAAUAAAUCUGGUACCAGUGAGGCAUACUAUCCAUACAGUACAACACGGCCAAAAAUAGAAACGUGGACACCCCCUCAAAAACAUCAGAGCCAAUCACAAGUCUCCUCCCACUAGCUUCUAAUAAUGUGUAAAGUAGUUAGAUAACUUUUCAGUGACUAUUGUAUAAUAGUGCUUGUUUCACAUAUGUGAACUAAUGUAGCUUCUUAUAUAUUAAAGUAAUUUAAAGGUACUUGUUUCAAGUAUGUCAGCUAGUGUAGUUCUGUUUACAAAUUUCUUGAGAUAGAAUAAAGACUAAGAAAGUA